AUGCUGAGAGAAAGCAGUCGGGAGGAGAGGGAAGUGGUGGAGGCUGUUGCCAAGGCAGACAUCUCAAAAGUCUUUGAGCCCAGUGACACUGCAGGGCUGCUGGUGUUAACCAUUGUACAGUCAGGACACCUCCUUGUUUCCCAGGGCCAGGAACUUUUGGAGGGAUUCUCCCUGAUCGGUGCUCCGAGCUUCCUUAAGGUGCAGCGGAAAUCUGACAUCCUCCUCUUCCGCAUGAUGGCCAAGGGGGAGAGCCGCAUGUUCAGGCUGCAGUUCGAGGGCUCCAGCCGGGAGGAGGCACUGGAGGAGUGUGGGAAAGCAGCGCUCAGGCUGCAGGAGUACGUCCCUGUGGGCACGGCGGGCAGUGCUGCCCCACCGCACACAGACCAGCCUGCCAGCGCUCCGGAGCACGGGAUAUCCACAGAGGAGACAUCUAAUGACUUAACUGGAGUCACACAAGGCACACACACAUCUGUACGAGAGCUUGUGCAGUCUUUCCUAGGGCAGCCGGGCUCCUCCCUGCCCCUGGAGUACUGCCACGCUGCCCUGCCGAGCCAGGACCUGGGGCCCUUCCUCCGACUCUGCCUCCUGGAUCAAGCCUUCCCAGCACUGGUGGAAGAGGUGGAGACCGAGCUGCAGAAACUGGCCCAGGCCUGA